UUUUCUUUUAAUAUAUAUUCUUACUUUAUUUAUUUUACAUAUAUAUAUAUAUAUUUAUUUUCUCUUUUCCUUCGUUAUUCAUUCCUCUCCUUUGACGCCAUCAUGAUCAAGAAUCUUGGAAAGUUUAAGCAGUGGACAGGUGAACGCUUGGGCGCUGCCAAGGCAACACUUCAAACAGAAGAGUUUCAAAGAUUAGAAAUAGAGACAGAAAGAAGAAGAGCCGGAUUUGACCGUGUAGUGGAAGCUAUUGAUGUCAGCCAUGCUCAGUUGAGUAAAAAGAAACCAUCGCCAGAAGAUGCCAAAAUCAAGAUUUCACCUAUGGAAUCUCUUGGUGCUUGUUGGUCACAUUAUGGCGACUCAUUUGAUACAGACUCUUCUGCUGGUGCAUCGUUUGUCAAUUAUGGUCAGGCAACAACAUUGGUAGCACAUCUUCAAGAAGAGUUUGCCUUAUCAAUGAAAGAAGUGUACAUUGCAACUCUUCAGCGUGGACAGAUAGAAUAUAAAGAGUACUCGGCUUUACGUAAGAAACUUGAAUCGCGUCGGUUGGAUUAUGAUGCCAAGCUGGGCCGACUUCAAAAGUCAAAAAAGGAGAAGCCCGAAUGGGAACAGGAGAUGCAGGCGUCCAAAAUGAAGUAUGAGGAGACAGAAUAUGAUCUCAUUCAGAAGAUGGUUGCUCUCCAAGAGUUUGAGGAAGAGCAUUCGGAAGCCUUGAGUAUGCUGUUGGAUGCUCAAAUUGAGUUCUUCAACAAUGCAAUCGACCGUUUGUCUAGUGUCCGAUCAAACUGGCCACAAUCCACGCGCGAAGGUCCGCGUGUUCCCAUGACCAGAACAGCUAGUUCCAGUUCAGGGCUUACUCGCAGUCCGGACGGUGGUCCGGGAGACUAUUUUACACCUCCCCCUGAUCGUACGGGUCUUACUCCACGCUCGCCCAACGGGAGCCCUUGUAUUCGGGGGCCAACCUCACGCCAGUUGAGUGCGGAUCCUAUCACUCCACGCCGUGUUCCCAGCCAUUCUUCACUUCGUGGUGGAGAGGACCCUGUUACUACAAUGACAUCCUCUCCCGGUAGACUUGCCCCACAGAUGCCACGUCGUCAAUCACAAAGCACGGUAUCUAACAAGAAGAGACGCAAGGCUAUUUAUGAUUUUGACGGAGAUUCUGUUGAUGAGCUUUCAUUCCGUACCGGAGAUGUGAUUACAGUAGUAGAGGAGGUUGAUGAAGGGUGGUGGCUGGGUGAAGUAGAGAAUAUAGGACCCAAACGUCGUGGUAUUUUCCCUGUUAAUUAUACAGAGGAGAUUUCCGGAGCACCUCCUAUGCCUGCUCGUCCUUUGGUUUCUUCGCCUAGCCCUCAAAUACCUGAAGCAGAGAUUGAAGUAGAUGAAUAUGAGCAAGAAGUGCCGCACGAAGCUUCUCCUUUCCAUGACAAACCAGCUUCCAACUACGGAUAUACUCGACCUGCACAACCUGUCCGCGCUUAUUCCAGCAAUACCUACACCAACCCUUCUCCACCCCCGAUUGCUAGAAGCACAACUUUUGUUCCUCAAGCCACUAAACCUACUGGUGCAUCGCGCGCCCCUCCUCCACCACCUGCUGCCCGAGCUUCUCCAGUUAUGUCUCGUAGCUAUACCACCAAUACCAAUACACAACCUACAACCCGAGCACCCCCACCCCCACCCCAGAGCCGUCCUUCUCAAGAUCCUGUAGGCUCAGGAGAGCCAAGUUGUCAGGAGUGUGGCUGUGUUGACUUUAGUGCAAACUUGUUCAAGCGAGGACAUUGCAACAACUGCUUCCACAAGCACUAAACAUAUAUUGUCCAUAGAUCGUUUAUAAAAAAAUAUAUAUAAGAAAAAAGUGAGCACAGGUGCGACACACACACAAACACAAACACAAAAGCAUUUGUGUAUAUUUAUAUUAUAUACAAAUCUUUAAUAUAUAUAUAUAUAUAUAUAUAUCCAUAUUGGAUACCC